UUCCUGACCUGAUGCCAUGAGGGAAACAACAGGCAGGAGAAAGCUCUCUUAUUACCCUCAUAAUAGCCGAUGUGUGUGUACUGCACUAUUGUACCCACACUGCCAUCAGUGAAUGUCACAAAGGGAUGGUGUCAUGGUGUAUGGUGCACAGCAGGAUGUGCCUGGGCAGUGUGCUCAGCCCCUGGCAUCUCUAGGGAGCUUGGCCAGCAUGAGGGGUUAGCCAAUCCAGGCUGGAGAGGGAGCCUUGGUAGGUCGGGCAGUGCAGAGCCCUGUGUGGGUGCUUCCAGAGAACCUCCCGCUGCUCUGUGGGUGUCUGACUGAUAAGGGCUCCACGUGAGUCCCAUCUCCACAGGCAGCACGGCAGUUGUUCCGUGUCAGUGGACCAGAGCAUGUUUGAGAACACCAGUGCCAGCACGGCACCGACUCCCAGGCCCCAGCACGUGUCUGUCGUGGCGGGGGCCCUGCCGCAGCCCUCCCGCCAGCACCUCCGCAACCUGGGCAAGGCCGUGGGGGCCAAGGUGAAUGACCUGCUGCGCCGUAAGGAGCCGGCCGGCCUCCCCAGCGUGGGAGUGAUGGAGGUGAACGCCAGCGCCGGGGCCAUGCUGGGCACGGGGCAGCCAGCCAGCGAGGACGGGGCUGUGGGGCUGGAUGCCUUUCCCCGGCUGGACCCCCCGCCCCCUGUCACCAAGAAGCGGGUGCCGCGCGCCCUGAAGACCCCACAGGACAUGCUCAUCGCACCACAGCUGACAGGGACCAGCCCAAGGAGCAGCACGGAGGAGCCCCCUGAACCGCCUGCUGCCCACCCUGACCCCACAGAAGAGCAGCCAGGGAUGAGGGACCCAUCCCCUCCAGAAUGCCCUGGGGUCCCCAGCGUGACGGGCACCCCUGAGCCCAGCCAGGAUCAGCCCACCGCUGCCCUCCCUGUGCCUGACCUCAUCCAUAAGGGCAGCCUGGAGAGCCAAUGGCGAGUGAGUGAGAGGGACACCGAGACCUCACCCUGCAUGGAGAAGCCCUCCCAGAGACUGGGGCUGGAGCACGAACCGAUGGGGAGCACCGGGCAGCCGCAGCCACAUACACCAGGCUGGGAGGUGGAGGGGCCCCAUCCUGACCUACUGUCCUUUGAGUAGCAGUGGGGGAGCCAUGACAGGGGCACCGUGGGGGCUGGCUCUCCCAAACAUGUCUCUCGCUGCCACUGGCCAUUUUUGGGGCCUUUGUUUUGGAGAGGGAGGAGCCCCAGGGUGGCAGAAGCCAUUGCUGCCUCAGUGUGGGGUGUGGGAAGCCAUGGCCCUCCCCUUCGUCCCUGAUUCCCAGACAGGGCACAGCCUCUCUUGCCAUGGCUUCUGCCCCACCUCAAGCCUGUUUUCCCUGGUCAGCACAAAAGUCCUAUCCUGCAGAGGUGCUGCCAUCCUGUCUGCAGCUAGUGGCUGUGCUGAACUGAGCUGGAGGCCAAGGGUGAGCAGGGCUGGAGGCCUAGGGCCGUACGGCUGCUGGCCAGUGGGCCCAGCUCCCUGUGAGACCACCCCUCUAGCCCCUUUUGGCUUCUGAUCUUGCUUCAGCCACGAUGGACCAGACUGCCCUGCCCAGGCAGGCAGCCCACUCCGUGUGGGCCAGCACCACCACUCUCCUUUAUUUCCUGUGAUGGUGGUGUCUUUGUGAGCCUCGACAGAACAAGCCACAGAAUCCUCUGAUACACUCUAUGAUUGUUUCCCCGUGAACUACAGGAGAGGGUGGUCAGCUUGUGGACCACUGGGCUCAUGCAAGGAAGCACCUGCGAGGUGGCACAUUUUGCUUAAGUCUUUCAUGUACAUCCUUGCUUGCAAAAGUGGUUUUGAGAAGAAGAGCUCCAAAGACCAGUUUUAGGCUGGAGAAAGCAAGGGGCUUAUGGAUGGGGCACCUCUGCUCACAGCUGCUCCUGAGCCACACAGCAGCUGGGCUGAGGACGUGUCUCCCAACACACUGUGGUCCUACUGAAGGAAGGAGGCUGUGGGGCUGAGAAAUGCCUUUGUCCUGGGAGCAUCCAUCAUCCUCCUUGCCUGUUGGUGUGGCGGGUGCCAGGGCUCUGCAGUGCUCACCCCCCAGGGAGGCCCUGCUUGAGAGCAAAGGAGACACCAGAGCCUGUGAUCAGUGCUGAGGUGUAACACACCCUGUGUACAAAGUGAUUAUGCUGUGCAUGGCCCCACAAACAGAAAUUAUAUGUGUGCUGCCUAGACCUACACUGCAUUGUAUAUGUUGAUGGAAACAAGGGCUCAUAGCCCCUCUUUGAGGAACCAGCGUCUUCCAACCCUGCCGAUCACAAGGGAACCUCAACUGCUGGUCCAGUCCCUCUAUUUAUGUUGUCUAGGUUUUGGGUAUAGUUUGGGACAAAAGAUUCAGAUUGCACAAUAAAUUUUUUUCUCUUUUUUUA